CUCCUCUGCUUUCGCUCUCCUCCACUGGAGGCUGCUGAAUUAGUGAGGACACCGUACAGCAUCAAGUCGACGGCAGCGGCAACCACAUCAUGCAGAAGCCAAGAGGCAGGGCGACCUUCGCGCUCCUCUGCUACUACCUGGGAGCAGCAACUACAACAAGAACCCUCCCGACCGCGGUGUCCGGCUUCCACCACCCUUGCGCCGCCCGUCGCGUCCGCCGCCGCCCAGCGGGGCAGGCGUUUAGCCCUCCCCCCCAGCAACAGUUGUCCAACCAAAGAAGGAGCCCCACGCCUGUGGAAGCGGCGCAACAGCAAGCACGGGGCUGGGGGCCAAGCUUGAUGGCCGGCGGAGGUAGCGUCGGCGGCAGCGGUGGCUCCAGGAGCGACGCCGCUCCCCGUACUGGAGGUAGCAGGCGAAGAUCUCCGGGGCGGGUGACGGCGGCUUCCUCCUCAGAGCUGCAGUGCGCCGCUGGAGACGACGAAGACAACAAUUACGGGAGCGCUGACUACUCCGAGUACGGCUACGAGCCGGAGUUCGAGCUGCAGGGGGAGGAGCCGAACGCAGACGAAGAGACGCUGGCGAGGUGGCGGUUGGAGAGGCUUCUUGCCAACGACCGGUGGCAGUUCGGCAAGUACGGGACCCAAAACGUGGGCAACUGGAUCGGGAGCUGGCAAGAGUACAUCGCGGAAGACCUCAGCGCGGGGUCAGACCCAGAGAGCGACAUCGGGGCCAUGAUAGGCAUCAUCCCGGGAAAGAAAUUCGUGGCCACCACCAAGAUCACCCGCAGGGUUAUCGAGUCGGCGGAAGACACCAAGAUAUUCGAGCACGAGCAGGGGCAGGCGACGGGGAGGAAAGGGCAGGGGGCGGUAGGAUAUGAACCCGAGGCGUGUCCGCAGCCGGUGGUCGAGACCCUCUUCUCCGACUCGUUCCGGGGCGGCAACGGCACCCAGGUCGUCGGAAACGCGUACACCUCGGCGGAAACUCUGGCAGUGGCUGGGGGGGGCGCGGAUGGCCCCUGGAUAGAGGUAGGCCUUCGGGUCCAGGACGUCCGAAUGCGGUGCGUUUUCGAGUACGGACCGGGAGCGGGGGGCUCCGUCGACGCAGAUGGGGGGGGAGGGGUACCGGCACCAGAGGCAGCGGCAGCAGCAGCAGCAGGGUCGACGAGCAUCCGGAGGGUGUUUGUGGUCCGGGAGGGGCUCGACAGACUGCCGCCGGAGGACGCCGACAAGGAGCCGGAGCUGUACGGCUCCGCGGGCAAGGGGUUGUACGACCCUCCUGCGCUCUCACGGAGCCCCCUGUACUUUUCCAUCUACGCAGAGGGCGGGCUUACCAUGAGGUUCCCCCUGCAGGUGGAGGAGGGGCAAGGGGGCGUAUUCUCCGUAGAUUGGACCGCUGGGAGCAGGCGGUAUCAGGCGGACAGGGUGUUCGAUGUCCUCGACGGCAGUCUACGCCGGCUAGAGGUGACGGAGAUCGGAACGCAGGAUGCCGAGGUGUUUUUGCCCAUGGAGAAGUUCUGAUUUUUGGUCUGCAUGUUGGGUGGUGCAUGGUGUUGAGUCUUGUGUGUUGCUCUGUGGUGUUUGAUGGAGGGAGCCAGAGACAGAGAAGUGGCGGGAGAGCUUUACAUUUUCAUGACGAAUUGUGAUAAAAAAAAGUACAAUGUACUCUAGGCUCAUGGAGAAUUCCUGUGUUCUUUUUUACGAAAUGCAAACAGUAGCUUUGCGGGCCGUCUUUUCGCGUGUCACGUGUGCGUGUCGUGUGUGCACCGAUAACGGGUUUUUCGCCGACAUGGCCGAAUGCAAUAAGACACAAGAAGGAACAUUUAAGCCUCGAAAAUGAACGCGCAAGGGGGAGGGAGGUGUGUGGGAGAGUUCUGCUUGUUUCGCGAAAACGAUGACAACAACGUGAGGCGGUGCUUGAACCGCCCCCCUUCCUCCAUCAUAGGCCUUUUAUGGAUUUUCUCUCGAUGUUGGUUGACAACCCGCCAGGCGUAGCACAGCCGCCAGAGAUUGUGUCCCCGUUAGUCGUGCAGCGAGAGGAGCGCGUGUCCCGGAACUGUUGCCCGCUCUUCGUGGUGCCGGAUGUUGGGUGGGAGAGGGAGGGC